AUGUCGGAGCCGAUCGCAGCUGUGGCCAGCCCGGCUCCAACGGUGGCCUUCGUCAGUGCGGAGGAGUCAAGCCAGGCAGCAAGCGCGUGCCUGAUUCAACACAUUCGCCAGACUCUCCAGAAAGCACAGGAGAUAACGCAGGUGGUGUCAGAGGCUGAAAGCAUCGCCGAGGAUGCCCAAAAGUUCUGUGAAGCCAUCCAGGCCCAGCACACGGUGCAAUCCAAGAAGCUCGCUUUGACUGGGAAGCCAUCAGCCCCAGUGCCUCCUUUGGCUGCAAGCUUGACUCGUGAGAUCCAGAGCUCUGUGGUGUGGACGCAGUCUUUGUUACAGGCGUGCAACGUGGCGGAGAGCACUGCGCCAAUCGAGAAGGGUUCCCAGUUGCAGUUCACCCCGUCCUCCGGUCCAGGUGCGCAAUGA